AUGGCGGGAAGGUCGGGGGUUUCGAGUGCGGAGCUCACAGGAACCAUGGACCAGUCUGAAAAGGGCGGAGGGCAGGCCAAGUUCUCAAAGAAGAUCGAAGAUUUGAUGGAAAUGGUGAAGAAGCUGCAGAAAGCAGGAAGCUUGGAGCCUCGGGUUGAAGUCCUGAUUAACCGGAUUAACGAGGUUCAACAAGCCAAAAAGAAGGCCAGUGAGGAGCUGGGAGAGGCCCGGGCCCUCUGGGAAGCCUUGCAGAAGGAACUGGACUCAAUGAACGGAGAGAAGGUGCGCCUGGAGGAAAUCUUGAACAAAAAGCAAGAUACACUGAGGAUCCUGCGGCUGCACUGCCAAGAGAAAGACAAUGAGGCACAGAGGAAGCACACCAUGUUGCAGGAGUGCAAGGACCGAAUUUCUGCCCUAAACUCCCAGAUAGAAGAAGAGAAGAACAAACAGAGGCAGCUGAGGUUGGAUUUCGAGGAACAACUGGAGGAUCUGAUGGGCCAGCACAAAGACCUCUGGGAGUUUCAUAGGCCAGAGCAGCUGGAACGGGAGAUAGGCAGCCUGGAUAGCAGCAAGGAGCAGCUGCUCAAGGAAGAGAAGCUGAUCCAGGUGAAGCUGGAGGAUGUGAAGCAUCGGCUGCACUCCCUGUGUGGGGCUGAAGGUCCCUCGACCAUCAGCGAGGGGCUCUUCCUGCGCAGCAAGGAAGCUGUGGCUGCUGUGCAGCUGUUUGAGGAGGAGAAGAGCAAGGCUGAGGAGCUCCUGGAGGCUGCUUCCCAGCGCCAGCAGCAGCUGCAGGAGAAGUGCCAGCAGCUGCAGGAGAAGCGCCAGAGGCUGAAGGAGGAGCUGGAGAAGCAUGGGGUGCAGGUUCCUGCCCAAGCCCACGACGCCCAAGAGGACGGGGCCCUUCCUGGAGAGGUGGCCAGUCCCAAGCCCCUCAGGGCACACGAGGAGAAAGACUCAGAGCCACCCACUGAGUAG